AUGCGUCCCCUUUCACUGGCCAAUGCGGCCAGCACCAAUGGCGGCGUCCCGGCUGAUACACUAGAGCCAAUCGCCGUCGUCGGGUUGGCUACAAAGUUCCCUCAACAUGCGACGACAACAGAAGCAUUAUGGGAACAGUUGUUGCAAGCCCGGUCAACAUGGUCGUCAAUCCCCAAGGAACGAUUUAAUGCCGAAGCCUUCUAUCAUCCCGAUCCAGACCAUGGAGGUACCUUCCAUGUGCAGGGAGGGCACUUUCUCAACGAGGAUCCGGCUCUCUUUGAUGGGUCCUUUUUCAAUAUCAGCAAGACUGAGCUAUUGACCCUCGAUCCGCAGCAACGGCUGGUGAUGGAAAAUGUCUAUCAUGCUUUGGAGAAUGCCGGAAUCCCCAUGAUCAAUGCCGUAGGAUCCAACACAUCGGUGUUUGUCAGUGGCUUCAAUCACGACCAUCUCGGAAUUCUGAACUCAGAUUCUGAAUCCGCCAUCAAAUAUAAGCCCACUGGUGUCACUAAUGCCAUCCUCUCAAACAGAGUGAGUUGGUUCUUUGAUUUCAAGGGCCCCAGCAUGACCAUUGAUACCGCCUGCUCCAGCAGUCUGGUUGCAUUACACCUCGCGGUGCAGAGCCUUCGAGCUCGUGAAACUAAUAUGGCCAUCGUUAGCGGCGUGAGUAUACUGGAAAAUCCCGCUGAGACAAUCGGGAUGAGUCACCAUGGGCUACUUGGAGCUGAGGGACGCUCUUUCAGCUUUGAUUCCCGUGCCGAGGGGUAUGCCCGUGGAGAAGGUGUGGGUACUGUAGUCCUGAAACCACUGCGUAUGGCGAUUAGAGACGGAGACACAAUCCGUGCCAUCAUCCGUGAAACCGGGGUCAACCAGGAUGGGCGAACUCCUGGUAUCACUGUACCCAGUGCGGACGCACAAGAGAAAUUAAUACGUGAAGUGUACUGGAGAGCCGGGCUGGAUAUGACACAGACCCGGUUUGUCGAAGCUCAUGGAACAGGGACUAGCACGGGCGAUCCCAUCGAGGCCGCAGCCCUAGCGAGAGCUUUCAAAUGUCGACGAGGUACUCCCCUAUACAUCGGAACAAUAAAGUCAACCAUCGGACAUCUAGAAGGAGGGUCCGGUGUGGCGAGCAUUAUCAAAUCGAUUCUCAUUCUUGAAUCGGGAAUCAUUCCGCCUAAUUAUGAUAUACAAGACAUCAACACCAAAAUUCCGGCAUCCGACUGGAACAUUGCUUUCCCCAAGGAAAACACGCCUUGGCCAUCCGAUGGCCUACGCCGCAUUUCAAUAAACUCCUUUGGCAUCGGUGGAACUAACGCCCACUGUGUCCUCGACGAUGCCUACCACUACCUUGCCGACCGCCACAUCUCAGCUUCUCAUCACACCACGCCUUCCGUACCUCAGCUUGACCAGAUCGAGGACCAUAUCAUGUUAAUAUCUCAAUCUGAUCAAAGCUCAUUCACCAACAUCUCGGCUUCUGUAGAUGAUGGCGACCACUCCGGGAGCAGUGCCGUAUUCGCCGACACACCUAUUACCGACGACUUCUGCCUGUCUCCUUCUCUUGACCUUGUAAAUCACGCCGCUCUUGUUGACAUCCCCCAUAUUUUUCUACUGUCAGCAUUUGACGAGGAAGGUGUCAAGCGAAAUGCAUCCACAUAUGCCGCCUACUUGAAUAAAGCUUCCAGUGAUCACGAUGCCAGUGAAAGACUCCUCAAUCAAUUGUCCUUCACACUUUCUCAAAGGCGGUCUAUAUUUCCCUGGAAGAGUUUUGUCACUGGAUCGACAACCAAGGAACUGGCGUGGAAUCUAUCUGAAUCAAACUUCACAAAACCUGUUCGAGUAGCGACUCCCCCUGAUACGUGCUUCGUAUUCACUGGCCAGGGUGCCCAGUAUCAGACAAUGGGUCGGGCACUCAUGGCAUAUCCGGUGUUCCAAGAGUCAAUCGAAGAUGCUUCCAAGUAUAUUCAGCGACUUGGUAGUCCUUGGUCAUUGAUAGAUGAACUUCUGGCGGAACGAAAGUCAGCCCGGGUUAACUUUCCGGAGAUCGCCCACCCAUUGUGCACAGCUUUGCAAGUGGCCCUGGUAGACCUCUUCGCGAGCUGGGGGAUCUUCCCGAGAUGUGUCAUUGGCCAUUCAUCUGGUGAGAUUGCCGCUGCUUAUUGCGCUGGAAAGAUCACGCGUGAAGGUGCCUGGAAGGCUGCAUACUUCCGCGGCUAUGUGUCUUCAAAGCAGCUCAUGGCCAAUGGAGCAAUGAUGGCAGUGGCCCUCGAUGCCUCUCAACUUGAGAAUUAUCUUGAAUUGGUUCGUCAGGGCUCCCAAGGGGAGCUUAUCAUUGCCUGCUACAACAGCCCCAAGAAUAACACUGUAUCGGGCGAUGAGGCCUUGGUCGACUCCCUGAAAAAGCUGCUUGAUGCCGACGGUAUAUUCGCCAGGAAACUCAUUGUUCAAAAUGCAUACCAUUCUGCACACAUGGUGGCCAUUGCGGGUGAGUACUUGGAUCUUAUGGGUAACCUCUACUCUGGCAGACGAUUAGCUGUGCCCCACGUGGUGCACAUGUUUUCGACUUUGACUGGGCAGGAAGUGAAGAACGAGCAUUUACCAGGGUCAUAUUGGCUUGAAAAUCUGAUAUCUCCCGUUCGGUUCACUGUCGGGCUCACAGCAAUGUAUGCUCGGGCGAGAGCAAAUGCGGGGUCUGAUAACCUGCCCUAUGUUAUCGAGAUGGGUCCUCAUUCUACCCUGCAAAGCGCCAUCAAAGAGACAUUACCCCCUAGUGAUAGCCAGCCAGGUGUAAAGUAUCUGGCUGUUCUGAAGCGCAAUGACCCAACUUUAAACGUCCUAAUCAGCACAAUUGGGUUUCUGGCAGCCAGUGGCUAUCCUCUUGACUUGCAUAAGAUCAACCUCGCAUGUCGACCGCAAUUGCCCAAAAAGUCCAAGUUCCUAGUCGAUCUCCCUCCAUACUCUUUCAAGCACACUGAAAAAAUUUUAUAUGAGAGUAGAUUGAGCAGAAACUUGCGAUUUCGAAAAUACCCUCGUCACGAUUUAUUUGGAGCACCGGCUGUGGACUGCGAUUCGAACAACCCUAGGUGGAGGCAUUUCGUUAGGCUGAACGAGAAUCCUUGGCUCAGAGAUCAUAUGGUCACUGGUAACUAUGUCUAUCCCGGAGUUGGUUACCUCAUUAUGGCAAUUGAAUCAUCACGUCAGUUGGCUGGAGACAAAAUGAUUAGUGGAUUCCGACUUCGCCAAGUGUCCAUCAAAAGAGCUUUAAUUGUUCCUGAUACCAAGGAAGGCAUCGAAGUUAGUAUAUCAAUGAUGAAGAUAGAGAGCACACCGGAAUCAAGGCAGUGGCGCCGGUUCCAGAUCAGCUCGUUUAACAAUUCAAGUGAUGAGUGGACUGAACAUUGUCAUGGGUAUAUUGCCGUGGAGUAUGCGACAACCCCAGAUCCCAUCGAUGACGGGCGAGUGGCAAACGAAGAGACUGAGGCCUGGAGAGAAGAUCUCCGCAAAGCUCAUGAUGCAUGCACUCGUCCCAUGAACUUCCAGAAUAUUUACGACAACAUGCAAGCUUCCGGUCUCAACUUUGGUCCACUCUUCCGGAACCUGGAUAAUGUAAAGGCCAGCGUCUCGAAGCUUGGUAUGAUGACUGGUUCAGUUACAGUCCCAGAUAUUGCACAGUCGAUGCCAAAACAGUACAUGCAUUCCCACUUAAUUCACCCAGCAACCAUGGAUAGCAUGAUCCACAUGAUGAUUGCCGCAGUCCUUGACUUCACAGGACGGUCUACUCUUGAUCAAAUCAAGUUGCCAACCUUCAUUCGGGAGGUGUGGGUAUCGGGUGAUUUGAAGUCCGUACCACAGCACAAAUUUACAGGGCAUGCCUCAGUAUCUGCAACAGAGGCAGAGAAGUUUGAGGGCAAGAUCCGAAUGCUUGAUCAUCAUACAAGACGGAACUGUAUCUUGAUGGAUGGAAUCGAGCUCACGCCUCUCGAAUCAGGGCUCGUGGAAGAUAACAAGCGUCAGUUGUGUACACAGAUCAACUGGAAACCUGAUGUCCAUUUUCUGGACUCGAAGUCUGCCAAUGCAUUGGUCAGUUUUGAAGACAGCGACCAUGAUCAGAACUUGUACUGGGUACAACGACUGCAGCUGGCUAGCAUGCUUUACGUUGUCGAUGCCUUGGAUGAGCUGAGAGAUUCUGAGGUUCUGAAGCUUGACUUGCAUUUCCAAAGAUUCUACGACUGGAUGAAACACUCGCAUGAAAAGCUUAUUGAUGGUGAAAUGAUCCAUUUAUCCCACAGUGCCUUUUCUGAAGUAUACCAGAAUGAUGCACUAAAACGAUCAAUUUACAAGGAGCUUGAAUCUCACAGUGCAGAAAGCGCCAUCGCGUCCCGAAUGGGGCGAAACAUUGUCCGUAUCAUGCGGCAGGAGGUUGACCCACUUCAUCUUAUGUUUGGACAAGACAACCUGAUGGAAGAGGUUUAUAAGGAAGGCCUCCAGUUAUUCAACCUUCCCAAAUAUCUCCACUCCCACCUCGCUCUUCUUGAGCACAAGCACUCUGGAUUGAAUGUGCUAGAAAUUGGCGGUGGCACUGGCAGCUUCACUGCCGAAGUCCUUUCCGUUCUCUCCCCUUUGACUGGUGCAUCGAAAGGCAGCAUUUCAACCUAUACAUUUACCGAUAUAUCAUCCGGAUUCUUUGAGAAGGCGAAGAAACGGUUCCAACCAUGGAGUGACAUGAUGACGUUCCAAACACUCAAUAUCGAGAGCAACCCAGCUGAUCAAGGAAUUCGAGGGAAAUAUGACUUGAUCUUCGCUGGUAACGUCAUCCACGCCACUGCCAAUCUCAAUGUGGCUUUGCGAAAUAUCCGUUCUCUGCUUCGACCUGGUGGUCAAUUGAUCAUGCAAGAGGGUAUUCGGCAAGACUUCCUUUGGUAUCCACUAGUGUUCGGUCAACUUCCCGGCUGGUGGCUCGGCAAUGAACCAAUUCGAGAAUGGUGUCCGUAUAUUCCAGCAACCGAGUGGGAUAAACUCCUCCAGCAGACUGGAUUCUCAGGUGUUGAUAUUGAAUAUCAAAGCUCAGCAGAUAAAGAUUUAUCGUGGCAGAGUAUCAUGGUUGCGACCGCUGUUGAGCCUGAACAGAAAAGACCUUUAAAGGAUGUGUUUAUCUUGACCUCUGAAAAUAUCUCCACUCGAACCGCAAAGACGGCCGAGUCAAUUACUCAACUUCUUAGCCGCGAUCCUCUUGUCGCAAAUGUGGAGGUCUUACAGUUGGGGGAGCUUUCCAAAGCUAUUUCACCCAACACCAUUUGUAUCUCAUUGAUUGACCUGGAUAAGAAAUUUCUCUCCGACAUGGUUGAAUCUGAAUUUCUUAAACUUCAGCAAAUGUUGAUACAGUGUGACAACGUCUUAUGGGUUAUGCCAGAGGCGUCUAUCCAACCUCAUUCCCAUAUGAGUUUAGGUCUUCUGCGAACAGUUCGCUGGGAGCGAGACUCAGACGGCUCUAAUAUCGUCACUUUGGCUGUUCAGAAUAUCGAAGACGUCAAAGGCCUUGCUCUGGAAAAUGCCUUGUACGACAUUGCGAAGCAACAAUUCUUCGGCAUGCGAGAUGCAGACCGACAUGCUGAAUACAUCCUACGCGAUGGCUUUAUUGAAAUCGGGCGUCUUCGCGAAUGGCAAGAAGUGGAUGAUUUCCUGGCUGUCCAAUCAUCGAGCUUGGUUCAUGAGCUUCGACAAUUAGGAGAUGUGGAUCGCCCUAUUGAACUCAGCCUCCCAGCACCUGGCUCCAGAGAUGUACACUGGAUCACAGACAAAACUCAUUCUGUCUCCCUUGAUAAAACUGAAGUUGAAGUAAGUGUUCAGGCAGUGGGUCUCAGUUCUGAAAUUAUGACCACCCAUUCUUCAAAUGAAGCCGCUGGAUUUGUGAAUAGGGUCGGGUCGGAUGUAACAGACUUUGUCCCGGGCGACAAGGUUGCUUUUCUCACCAGCGAUGAGCAUGGCAGUUGUUUUAGAACCCUCGCUCGUGUCGAUCACCAGUUGGUCGUCAAAUUACCCGAGCAAAUCUCAUUCGAAACGGCUGCUGGACUUCCAUCUAUCUACGUUGCAGCGAUUUAUGGACUUGCCGAGAUUGCUCGAUUGAGUGAAGAUGAUACAAUCCUCAUCCAGUCUGGAGCCUCGGCCAUUGGUCAAGCUGCAAUUCAAUACGCCAAAACCGUUAACGCAACCAUCUUCACCACAGUGCAUACCAUCGAAGAUCGUGAGCUCUUAGUUUCAGAAUAUGGAAUUCUACAACAUCAAAUAUUCUCUGCCAACGACCUCAGCUUUGUCAAAGGUGUCAUGAGAUCCACAGAUGAUAAUGGGGUUGAUGUCAUAUUCAAUUCUAUCGUCGGAGAAGCAAGCCAAGAGUCCCUUGCCUGUUUAGCUCCCUUCGGCCGUUGUGUCGAUGUGUCUAACAGGACGACUCCCACAGCUGUUCUGACCGGUCCCUCUACCUAUCACCGGAACUGGACAGUGUCGAAUAUUGACAUAUCUUUACUGGUUCAGAAGCGGCCGAAGAUAAUCAGACGCCUCCUUAGAGAGACAUUGAAGUUAUUUGUGGACGGCAAAAUUAGCCCAGUCCUGCCAAUGACCAUGGUGGACUGCACCCAAAUUACUGAAUACCUCCCUGGCCCGCAGAGCACGUCACAAGCUGGAAAAACUGUUGUCAAACUCGACCCUUCCAAUCUCAUUGCCCUCGCUAGUGAUGCCCUACCUCCCUACCACUUUGACGCCAAUGCAUCAUACAUUCUGGCAGGUGGGCUUGGAGGCAUCGGCCGCAGUGCGGCGCGCUGGAUGGCCUCUCGCGGUGCUAAACACAUCAUCUUCCUUUCGAGAUCAAAUCGCAUGUCAGAGCCAGUCAAAGAGAUGAUGGUAGAUCUCCAGGAACUAGGAUGUAGCCCUCAUUUGUUCAUGUGUGACAUUUGUGAUGCCGAUCAAUUAAAGGCUGUAGUUGCACAAUGCUCAGAAUCCAUGCCCCCAAUCAAGGGUUGUAUUCAGGGGUCGAUGGUACUUCAGGAUGGGGCCUUUGCUGGCAUGUCGUUCGAUGACUGGAAUCUUGCAGUCCGCCCUAAAGUUAGGGGCUCGUGGAACCUACAUAAAAUUCUCCCCGAUGGGAUGGACUUUUUUGUCAUGCUAUCCUCCGUCGCGGGAAUUUUUGGAAAUCGUGGCCAAUCAAACUACGCUGCAGGGAACACAUUCCAAGACGCGUUGGCGGUUUACCGCAUGUCGCAGGGUUGCAAUGCGUCUAGUGUGAACCUCGGCAGUGUGUCCAAUGUCGGCUGGGUCGCAGAGAAUCGAACGUCGAUGCGUACCCAAACUUCAGUGUUAUUCGAGACGCUCCGUGAGGAUGAAGUGCACGCUUCUAUUGAAUUUCUCAUCGAUCCAAGACGUGACAAAGCUCCGAGUCGUGAUAAGACCUCCCGGUCGCGAUUAGUUCUUGGUCUGCCAACAGCUGAUACAUGCCGCUCCAACGCCAUUCCUAUACCCACAUAUCUUAAUUACUCCCUAUUUACACAUCUCCGGAGCACUGCCAUGGCCAAGGCUUCAGAUACAGCUGAGCAAAAGUCUGUCAGUACUGCGGCCCUCUUGGCAGCCACAACCGAACCCAAAGAUGCCCUCAGUGUUGUGUCAAAUGGGAUCGUUGAGAGGCUUUCUUCUCUUCUUGCCAUCCCAACCUCCGAAAUUGAUGUCGAGAGGUUUGGGUUCGCGGCUAUAGACUCACUUGUGGCAAUGGAAUUUCGAUCGUGGAUUGUCAAGGACCUCAAAGCUGAUGUGUCCUUGCUAGAUAUCAUGGGCGCACAGAACAUUCGCUCCCUGAGCGAAAAGAUUAUUUAUGCUACUCGCUUAUUGGUACAUGCAUCCUCAUGA